CAGUUUGUAGUUUUCCCCCACUGUAACACGCCGCCAUCUGUUCAUCACCAAUUUGAGCCUCUGGGUUGUUUUCUUUCUUUUUCUCUUUUUUUAACCCCCUCUUCUUUUUCCCCUCCAUGCUUUUGAACGUUAAAAAAAAAACCUCGUAGUAUCUAGUCCAAUCUAGCAAAUGCGCUGCCUUGCGUGUGCAUAAGCCAGCAUCCACUUGGGAACAGGUUGCAAGAAGAUUCUUUUAUUGUUCUGUCACAACAUUUUGGGGACUGUACUUUUUUCCUUUUUUUUUCUCACAACAAUGGAUGACAGGAAUGCAGAAUGCAAUAUCAAGGUGCUGUGUCGUUUUCGUCCACUCAACCGGUCAGAAAUCCUGCGUGGAGAUAAGUUCAUCCCAGUUUUCCAAGGCGAAGACACUGUUCUCCUUGGGGGAAGGUGCUACGUGUUUGACCAGGUGUUCCCCACAAAUUCCACCCAGGAGCAGGUCUACAACACUUGUGCCAAGCAAAUUGUCAAAGAUGUACUGGGCGGGUACAAUGGGACCAUCUUUGCCUACGGCCAGACGGCCUCGGGAAAGACUCACACUAUGGAGGGCAACCUUCACGACCCCCAGGGGAUGGGCAUCAUCCCCCGGAUUGCGGAAGACAUUUUCGAACACAUAUUUGCCAUGGACGAGAACCUGGAAUUCCACAUCAAGGUGUCCUACUUUGAGAUCUACAUGGAUAAAAUUCGGGACCUGCUAGACGUGACCAAAACCAAUCUGUCAGUGCACGAAGACAAAUACAGAGUCCCGUAUGUGAAGGGUUGCACUGAACGCUUUGUCACCAGUCCAGAUGAAGUGAUGGAUGUGAUCGAUGAGGGAAAAGUCAACCGUCACGUCGCCGUCACAAAUAUGAAUGAGCACAGUUCGCGCAGUCACAGCAUCUUCCUGAUCAACAUCAAGCAGGAGAACGUGGAGACGGAGCAGAAGCUCAGCGGGAAGCUCUACCUGGUGGACCUGGCUGGGAGUGAGAAGGUCAGCAAGACGGGUGCUGAGGGAGCCGUGCUGGACGAAGCCAAGAACAUCAACAAGUCUUUGUCGGCCCUCGGCAACGUCAUCUCGGCUUUGGCUGAAGGAACGAAGUCCCACGUGCCGUACCGUGACAGCAAAAUGACGCGCAUCUUACAGGACUCACUGGGGGGCAACUGUCGCACCACCAUGUUUAUCUGCUGCUCCCCCUCCAGCUACAACGACGUUGAGACCAGGUCCACGCUCAUGUUUGGCCAAAGGGCAAAAACUAUCCGAAACACAGUGACGGUGAACCUUGAGCUCACCGCCGAGCAGUGGAAGAGGAAGUACGAGAAGGAGAAGGAGAAGAACAGGUCACUGAAGGAGACCGUGCACAGACUGGAGGCGGAGUUAAACUGCUGGCGGAAUGGUGAGGUUGAAAGAGCCUCAGAGGGCGAAGACGAGGACGAGAUAGUGACAGCGCCCGACUCCGUGGAGGCGGUGCUGGAUAUAUGCAGCCCGUGUUCCCUGACCUCCUCCAUCGUGGUGCACAUUUCCGAGGAGGAGCGUCACAAGUAUGAGGAGGAGAUCCGGAAGCUCUACAAGCAGAUGGAUGACAAGGAUGCGGAGAUUGACUACCAAAGUCAGAUUGUGGAGAAGCUGAAGGAGGAGAUGCUAAAGCAAAAUGAGUUCCUGGCAUCCUUCAGGGCUGACGGUGAGAAGGUGCAAUCAGAGCUGAGCCGGUUGCAGUCGGAGAACGAGCGCUCCAAGACGGAGGUGAAAGAGGUUCUGCAGGCCCUGGAAGAGCUGGCGGUCAACUAUGACCAGAAGAGCCUGGAGGUGGAGGAGAAGAGCGGGCAGAAUAAAUUGCUGGCAGAGGAGCUUGCCAAGAAAAUGACUCGCCUAGUGGCAUUGGAGGCGGAGCUUUCUCACAUCCAGGAGGUGAGCCGCCACCAGCGGAAGCGCAUCGCCGACGCCCUCAACGGGCUAAUGAGGGACUUGAGCGAGUUCGGCGCCAUCGUGGGCGCUCGAGACAUCAGGCUGUCCACAGAGAUCACCGGCAUCAUCGAGGAGGAGUUCACGCUCGCCCGCCUCUACAUCAGCAAGAUCAAGUCAGAGGUGAAGUCCAUGGUGAAGCGCUGCCGCCACUUGGGAAGCCUUCAGGCCGAGUGCCAGCGCAAGAUGGAGGAGACGGGCAGGGAAAUGUCCUCCUGCCAUCUCCUUGUCGCACAGCACGAGGCCAAGAUCCGCUUGCUGACCGAGUACGCUCAGGACGUGGAACGCAAGAGGAGGCAGCUGGAGGAAAACUACGACUCCCUAGCGGAGGAGCUGGCCCGAGUCCAAACUCAAGAAACCGCGUCACACUUGACCAGCGAGGAGAAUGGCUCCGCCCAGGGAUGCCAUGACAUCCAGAAGGUUCUGGAGCAGCAGCUGGAAACGCAUCGCACGGCACGCAACGAGCAGCUCGGCCACCUCCGUGACAAGAUCAAUGAGCAGCAGAGGAUCAUCAACGACUUAACCCACUGGAACCAGAAGCAGGAACUGGAGCUGGAGCAACUGCACGACGACUAUGAGCGUCUCCGCGGUCGAGAGCAUCAAAAGAGCAGACAGCUGGAGGAGCUGACUUUUCUCCACGAGAGACACGAGCAGUCCAAGCAGGACCUCAAAGGCCUGGAAGAGACAGUGGCCCGUGAGCUGCACACCCUCCACAACCUACGCAGGUUUUUUGUCCAAGACCUCACCACUCGCGUUAGAAAGAGUGCAGAGAUGGAGCGUGACAGCAGUGGCGGCUACAUCACCCAGAAGCAAAAGAUUUCCUUUUUGGAGAAUAACCUUGACCAGCUAACAAAGGUCCACAAGCAGCUAGUACAUGACAACGCCGACCUCCGUUGUGAGCUCCCAAAGCUGGAGAAGCGUCUUCGCUCCACCGCUGAGCGAGUCAAGGCCUUGGAGGGCGCCCUGAAGGAGGCCAAAGAGGGAGCCAUGAAGGACCGACAGCACUACCAGCAGGAGGUGGAGCGCAUCAAGGACGUCAUGAUGAGAGCCAGGCAUCCCUUCCGCCGACCUCACGCCGCACAUAUCGCCAAGCCAGUGCGUCCCGGCCACCACUCGCCCACGCACGCCAUCUUCACCCGCGGCCUCAGCGAGCACCCGGUUUCAAUGGGUUCCAAUGCUCCCCGCAGCAACCCGCCAGCUUCACAAGCUGCUGCCUUGGCACCAGAAAGUGAUCGCUCCGCCUCAGAAACCAAUCAGAAUCAACCCGCCGGAGGCUUGGACCACCAAAAUAAUGCCCCGGACAUGCCUCCGCCUCGCCAAGCCAACACCGCCGAGAUGCUCGAUUCAGAAAACGGGAACACCACAGACAUCAACGACAACAGCAUGCGUAUGAACGGCCACAGCGUAUCUACCGCUGACGUCUGUGACAAUCGGGACCUGAGCAAAUUGGACAAUUUGCACUCCGGAGGCCACCUAAUAGAAAAGCUAGCAGAUCCGUCGUCUUUGUAGCUUCGUCCUCACCUGCUGAAACAUGCCUCUAUCUUCCUCUUCCUAUUUUGUAAUAUCAAAGGAAU